AUGAGUGGACCUCGCAAUAGAUUCUCAAGACGUGCGCCUUUUCAGCAAAGGCAUUACCAGUCGUCACCUCACCCUCAACAAAGCCAAAACGAGGGUAGAGCCACUACAAAAAUUUCCCGCAUCAACGUCUUACUUUCACGGAUAAGAGACGAAAUUGACUCAUACGCAAGAAGAACUACUUGUGUUACCCAGCUUUCAAGUAUACUAGCCGAGACUCUUACACCUGGUGAAAGUGCUCAGGUAUUUGAUGCGGCUACAUGUGGCAUAGGAAAUACGCCAGGGCUGGAGCCAGUAUUUGAGGAUACAAGAGCCCCCGCGAAUUUUAAACUUCUUGUUGCCAAAUGCAUUGCGUAUAUUGCCACGAUCUCCGAAAAUAAUUUGGAAUCGUUCUUUCGUUGGAUAUUUGAGAGAUUGCAUGCUCCGGGACCGGGGAUCAAGGAGAAAGAGCGAGAACGCAAAAUAUGGUUGUUGAUUUCAUUGCGCGAGUCUAUCACCCGUAUAACCCAAUCUAGCAACAACUCACAAAAUAUCGUUUCCUAUAGCACAAUGCAACAAUUAAUCCCGAAUGUUGUUAGUGAACUCGAGAAUCUUCUUGAUUCCACUGAAUGUGUUGAUUACUUUUCAGGGUUGUUGGAAGUAUUAGAACGAAUUGCGGAUCGAUAUCCCACCGAAUUUGGAAACCGAUUUCAGGAUAUAAUUGAUUUACUUGUAGGCUGGCAUAUUGAUACUACUGUGUCGGAUUCAUUGCAUAAUUAUAUUUCGGAUUCGUUUCGAAGAUUGCGGCCUUUUUGGGCUCAAAAUUUAAAUUUUGCAAAUGAGUUAUUGAGCCAUUUUUUGGCUGACAUGGAAGUUGUCGCUGGGAUAACAGUAUCUCAAGCUGGACCUCAAAUCGAUCAAAAAACAAACACAGAUGUAGAUGGAGUACCAAGCAAUUUAAAAGGGUUACUAAGCUGUUUCCACGCAGUAGCAGAAACAAUUGGGCCUAUUGUCCCAGUAACUACUCAAGAAGAAGUUCACGGUGCCGAAAUAAAAGAUAAUGUACACCCGUAUGAUCGAUUACGUGCAUACAUUAUCAAGUUUCUUGUCGCUAUUGGAAAACUUUAUAUGGAUAUUGAUUUGUUUAAUAAAGGUAAUCAGAUAAUACUGGCAUUAAGCACACACCGUAAAGCAACCUUUGUGCAUCAGCAACCUAAGUCGACCGAGUUCUGGUUAAUGCAAAUAAAAUAUGUAUAUCAAGUAUCGUAUUCAAAUCAAAAUAUGGAAGAAUGGUUUGACUCAUAUUUGCAGGCGCUUGCACAGUGGUUCCCAUGCGUACACCCUGAUGUUCCUAUCAUCAUAAUGAAUCCUAAAUCUCCACUUAUGAAACUACGGCAGCAUUGCUCGUUCAAUGCUCGUCUAUUUUCCGAUUUCCUCGAUAUGUUUCGUUGCAUAUUACGAAACUCAGAUUCAAUAAUAACACAAGAUUCAAUAUCGUCCGCUAUUCAGCUCGCACAUCAACUCGUAUCAGAGAUGACGCAUAUGUGCAAAAUAAUAUUGAAUAAUAACAGCACGUGUGAUAAAUCUGAUGCCGAAAUUCGUUGGCAAUUGAAGUCUACGAAUAAAAUUGAGAAAUAUAAGAAUUUGCAUGGAUUGGUGAUGUAUUCGGUGAUAAGGGCAACACAUCAGCUUUCUCGAAGUCAAAAGUAUUUCACACAGCUAAAAGAAUCAACAUCAUCUUUUGAAUCAUCCACAUUCGAUGCAAUGCUUUUCAUUAUUGACUCAAUAUUUUACUACGACAAUAAACUUCCCAUGAACCUAAUCACGUUCUCGAUCGAAUGGUUACGAGAUAUUUUGGAAUUUUGUGGCAACAACAAAAAAUCAUUGAAUGAUAAGACAAAAGACCGUGUUCAAUUACAAAUAGGACAAGCUUUGUUAUCCCUACUGCACUUAUCUCGUGUAAUUCAAAAUCCUGAUGUAUCCGACCAAAUUCCAAAAGUCAUUCGAGAUUUUAUCGAUGUUUUUGGUUCAUUAAGCCUGCCAAAGAAAAUAUUUCCUCUUAUUGCUGAUAGGAUAAAUGAUUCGAAUUCUCAAAUUCAAAAAGAAUUCCUAAAAAUAUUUUAUGAAAUCAACCCCUUGCUUGCCGUAUUCAAACACGAUUACAUCACAGACCCUUCACUACAAAAUUCAAAAGCCAGCAUUUGUGCAUUACCAAACUUUGGUAACUUUCGACCUCAACAUUUUCAAAUAAUCAUGACCUAUUUAGGAAUGAAAGAAUUGCUAUCAUCGUCGGCGGAAGAAGUGGAUUUAGCGCAUACAAUGGUAGAUAUGGAAAAUGAUGGGCAAUGGCGACAACGUUUAUUACAUGUUUGCCAGUCGAUGAAUAUAAAUAGUAAUUCCACCUUCGACGAGGCAUUGAUGACAUCGAAAGAUCAUAAUAAUAGAUCGUUGUCGUAUUAUGAUGGAGUUUCAGGUCUCAUUGAUAAUUCUAAUAGUUUGAUUACUUUUUGGACGCUUUGGGAGACUGCACGUUAUUGUGUUUUAUCACGACUUAGAACACCUUUUGGCGGACCUCAGCAUACUUUUGACGCGUUCGAAAAGAAAUUAAACGAUUUUAUGACGGGAAAUCUCAAUUUGACUUUAAACUCCACCGGUAUAAGCGACGAAUCUUUGGACCCAAUAUAUUCGAAAUUAAACCAACUCCACAAUCUUUUGAUUUUUAUCGAUUGUCUUGAGAUGCAAAUCUACAAUGCAGCAGUCGGCACAGCUCUCGGAAACCUACCGCAAGCACCUCGUGGCAGUAUUAUUUUUUUUCGGACGAAUCGUAAGGUUUGCGAUGAUUGGUUCAGUCGUGUUCGAGCGACGAUUGUAAAAGGUGCUGGAAUGGUUGGUGGCGAUGCAAUGUUGGUGACGCAUGGGCUUCAAUUUCUGUCAGAUCGUGCAACAAAUCUGAAACAAGGGAUUAUGAAGGAAAGAAUCAUCGCUUUUCAGGAAAUGUUGAUGUUCAUAGUACAAGCUAUGAGAAGAUUACGUUCGGUGGAUAGCAUUCACGGAUUACUAAUAUGGAGUAAAAAAGUUUUCAAUAUCGUUGAUAAAGAUCUAGAGAAUUUGCCCGAAAAUGCAUCGGCAUCUCAAGUUAGCGGCAGCAGAAACGUGUCCCAAAAACUGCCCGGCGGUAAUAUUCAAAUACAAAGCGAACAAGGACCUUCACACACUCUGCUACAACGUAAUGUCUUACACAGGGCUUACUCUAAUAUGCCUAGCUACAUGCACUUCGAAUGGAUGAACUGUGCAUUAUUGUUUGCCAAAUCAAAAUACGAGCAAUCAGCAAAAGAAUCGAUCAAAACUUUGAAUAGUCUUUUGAAGUACGAUUAUUCGGAGGAUAAGCUUGCGUCGCUACAAAUAUUUGACUGCUAUUGCCAAAUGGAUGACGUGAAAUCACUAUCACAAUGGCUAUCACAGCAAAAUAUUCUAGAAAACAUGUUGACCCCAUUGCAUCAGGCUAACCAACAAUACCUCAACGCGUUAUCGCAGUAUGGAAAAGAAGAUAAAAGUUUUCUUGAUGCGUGGGAGACGAUAAAAACAACUGAACCGAAAAUACCUGAUCAUUUUGAACUUUUGCAUGAUGUGCCCUUCCUGUCAUUCUUGUAUCAUUUCCGUGCAGAUCUAGCACAAAGAAUAGCGCAACAAGAAGAUUCACAAACAUAUAACUACAAUGAACAAUCGGCUUAUUCAAUUAUGAAACUGCCGAUUCACUUUGCCCUUAAAGAAUCUCUUGGCAGUGCGCUGCCGAUGCUGGUUAUUAUUCAGAAUAAUAAGUCUGAUUUAAAAGAGCACCAAAAAUUUGCCAAUGAACUUCCUACAUCCUCAUCAUCUUUUUCGCGUCAUUUUGUUCAAGAUUUGGGGAUCUGGAGUCCGUUAAAGCGCCUUGUCGACAAAGCCGAUACUGCUACUGAUGAUGAUCUUUCCAAAACGAAAGAUCAUCUAUUGACUCUCCCCCAUCAAAUUGAUAUUUACAAACUAUUUAUCGCAAAAAUUGCUAGGAAGACCGAAGCUCUUGAUCUCGCAAGUAAUAUUUGUCGAUACACUGGUAAUGACGGCAAUAAUAUUUGGGCAGAAUCUGUAUUUGAACAAGCUAAAAUAUUGUUUGCGCAAGGAAAACAUCAAGAUGCUGUUCGUCAUGUUUGUUCAAUUCUAGAAAAAACUGAGCAAGAGUACAAAUAUUUAUCGGAAAAUCCGUUCUACAGUUUCACUUUACGUCAACAAAUAUUUUUGAAACUUGCCAAGUGGAUUGGAUUCUUACAAGGCCAAUUGCCUAGCGAGCUUGCAGACAAUAUUAAAAACUGUACUUCGAAAUACCUUCAAACCACAUCAACACAAGAAAUUGAAGGUGAUUUUCUAUCUAAUAAUGAUGCGAACAUAAAUAAUAUCGAACUAUGUUUGUGGAGUGCAGUUCAAGGAGAACAUUUUUAUGGGGGGGCGUGGUACUCAUAUGCCACGUAUUUUUACAAGAAAGGAUGGCAAAUAUUGGAAGAAAUUCACAAUGGAAAAAUGACACUUUCAUUUCUUUGUGAUUUGCGCCAAAAUAUUCAAAAUUCUUUGAUUGUUGAUUGGAAACAGACAAAUACUGAGAAUUCCGUAGAUUACGAAUCAUUAUUAAAGAUGAUAUUUCGCGUAUUUAUACGAAGAUUUGGAACGCGAUCAAUCUCGGAUAACUUUGACGUGAAAGAGAGCGAGUUUCGUCCACUUGAGCCUUGGAUUUCUAAUCAAACCAAAGAGGAAAUUAAGCAUUCAUUUAAUAAAAUCAAAAAAGAAAUUCUUCAAGCUCUGAAUGUUGCGGCGAAUGGAUAUUUUCAAUUUUUAAAGUCCACGAAUCAUGAAACUGCAAAUAAUAUUGGCGAUCAAAAGGAUCCAUUAACUAAAUCUAUUAAGGAGGCAGACACAAUAACGGCCACUUUGCGAAUACUAAAGUUAUUAGUAACCUACGGUUCUUAUAUGAAAGAAUCCUUAUCCGAAGCCUUCGAAAACACUGUAGUCACAAAUUGGGAAUUCAUAAUUCCACAAUUAUUCUCGCGUCUAGAUCACCCAGAGUCAUUCGUCAGACAACAAAUAUGCAAUCUUUUAUGCAAAAUUGCAACAAGUUCUCCCCAGUCGAUAGUCUAUCACACGGUUGUUGCAUUAAACUCAAACAGUACCAACGAACAAACAAAGCAAUCUCUUCAGAGUAUUGCCAGUAGUUUGGACGUCUCAAAUGGAGUCUUGAUCGCGGAAAUUCGUCGUGUUAUUCAGGAGUUGCAGCGAAUUACGGUUCUCUGGGAAGAAUUAUGGUUGAAUAAAAUUACUGGGUUGCAACUUGAUGUGAACAAACGAUUGCAUAAAGUGGGGAAAGAGUUGGAGAGAAUCAAUGAUAAAUUAAAUUUGACUUCGGAUCAAAAAACCAAAAUCAUGAAAGAGAGUUAUGACGCGAUUAUGAAACCGGUGAUUUCGUCCUUGGAACGGCUGUAUAAUGUGACGAGUGCUGUUCCAACUACGCCGCAUGAGAAUUGGUUCACAAAGUUGUUUGGGGAACGUAUCUGUGAGGCUUUUGAUCGAUUACGAUUUCCUCGCUCUUGGGAUAACAUUAAAGAAGGGUGGAAUCUUUUCAAAAACGUUCACAAAGAUCUUACAAAAGAGUUGCAGACAAGUCGAUCUCUGAAAUUGGCUGAUGUUUCUCCAUAUUUAGCCGCCAUCAAAUCUUCAGCAAUCACUAUGCCUGGACUACCAACUAAUGCGGAGCAUAUCACCAUUCAAUCGUUUGAUCAAAAUGUCUUUAUUUUGCCAACAAAGACCAAACCAAAAAAAUUGUCUCUACUUGGAUCAGACGGACAUCUAUAUGGAUACCUGUUCAAAGGACUCGAAGAUCUUCAUUUAGAUGAGCGAAUAAUGCAGUUAAUUCAAAUCACCAAUAAACUGUACAAACGUGAUAAGCAAGCAAGUAGUCGAAAUUUAAGUGCCCGACAUUACGCUGUAAUUCCGUUGGGCGAACAUUCAGGCAUGAUUCAAUGGGUAGAAAACGCUACUCAGAUGUUUUCGCUAUAUAAAAAAUGGCAGCAUCGCGAACACUUUGCACGAAUGUUGUUGAACAACGCGGGCGAAAAGUCUCCUACAAUACCACAACGUCCUAGUGACAUGUUUUUCGAGAAAAUAGGAAAAGCUUUGAAAAAAGAAGGAUUAUCAAUCUCUACCUCGAGGCGAAACUGGCCUCAUUCAAUUCUCAAAACGGUUUUUCUUGAACUCUUAUCUGAAACUCCUGCAGACCUUCUCGAAAAAGAAUUAUGGACAUCAUGCACAAGUCCUUCUGAAUGGUGGCAAAAGAGUAUAUCAUUGUCGCGUUCACUGGCUGUCAUGUCUGUGGUCGGAUAUAUUAUUGGCCUAGGAGAUCGACAUCUGGACAAUAUACUUAUUGAUUUCAAUGCUGGGGAAGUGAUUCAUAUUGAUUACAAUGUCUGCUUUGAAAAAGGGCGAAAAUUACGUGUUCCUGAGACUGUUCCUUUUAGACUCUCACAAAACAUCGAAAAGGCACUUGGUAUUACUGGUGUUGAAGGUGUUUUUCGGAUUGCAUGUGAAACUGCACUUAAAGUGAUGCGGAAAAACAAAGAGAUGCUGACUAUUUUGCUGGAGGCAUUUGUUUACGAUCCUCUAGUCGAUUGGCAUCAUGAAGUUACAAUUGAUCGGGAUAAACAAAUAAUGGAGCUUGAAGAAAAUCUAAGUCUAUUAACUUCUAGAAUUGCCGAACUAAAACAUCCAUUAGAAAUGAAGCAUAAACAAUUGACAACUUUACUUUCUGAAUUUACUAUGUUAUUUCAAACAUUGCCCGAACAUCAUACGAUUCCCCGAGAUUCACACGAAGAAGAUUCGGUGACUCAACAAAUAAUAGCCUUAAAAGAUCCAGAAAAGAAAAAUAUACCAACAGCUGAAAAUAGUUUGGAGAUUGAGAGCCUAAAAACUACUCUGACACAAAGAGCUGCCGAAUGUACAUUAUGGCAUGCACAACAUGAAAAUUCAAUUCAAUCUAUUCAAGGCAAUCUCAUUCAAGCAAUCUACAAUGAGGUCAGUAGUUCUAGUACUCAGUUUCGAGUUUCCAUUUUCACGCCCGUUAUCAACAUCAUUACAACCAACGAAGCACUUGCACAACAAUGCUCACAAACCGAUCAGGAACUGUUUAACUGGGUUACAGAGCGCAAUAACAGCUACACAGUAUGCAUCGAGCAUCUACAAUACUACCGUGCUUUAACUGCUCCAGUGGUUCCAAUUUUAAUGACUCAAGAUUAUUAUUUCAAAUGGCCGCAACUUUUAGCGCCUUUGCUUGAAUCUAAUUUACAAAGUGAUUACUUUGAGACGGUGUACCAAACAGUAAAACACGAAGUUCAACUUGAUUCCGAAUUAAUUGAAAUUAGGGAACGUCUUAAGACUUCUUGUGAGGAUAUUACGCGUCAAGGAGUAUUUAUUGGCGAAGCAUUUAGUCUUGUUUCAAUGAAUAUGAUGACUGAAAAUGAAUCAGAUCCAAACGUUCUUUUAGAAACUUUCUUUCGUCAGAUUACACAGGCACAUGAUGGAGAUAGUUCAUCAUCCCUGGGAAUCUAUGGAUUUAUCUCGUUACUUUCACAAUUGAAACAAGAUUUGGAUAAUAAUGUUAACGAAAAAGAAGUCCUCAAAAAUCUUGGAUUCGAUGAAACUCUCCAGACAGCAAUUUCAAAUGCUCUCUUUAGCGAACUAUUUAAUGACUCAACGUUCAUCACCAAUUAUGUUGUUUUCUUCGCUUUAUAUAACAUCCUUUAUAUGUCUACAGUGGCUACGCCAAAGGAUGAAUUAAUUCCACAAAUAUACUUGAUAGUCGGCGAAUACCUUCAACUGGUAAAAAUGUUUUACACACUUCAAGCAAGUUUCGAAAAUGUCCUCUUGCCUAGAAUAUAUGAGAUUAUGAAAAUCAUGCCUACUGCCUUUCAAUUGUGCACGGAGAUUUUGUAUGAUCUUUCUACCGACACAUUUAAUUAUUGGGGAAUGAAGCAUCCGGAAGCGCACUCUGUUGUUGUUAAUAUGAAACAAGCGUUCUCACAGAUUUGUGCUAGUGUUCAGGAGGAGGAUAACCUUUCAACUGAAAUCAGUAAUGUGAUUUCUGCUUUUGAUGAGAUGUUCAAGGAACUGGAAAUCCAAAUUUGUCAUAUACAGACUUUACUCAGUGAGCCAUUGCCAUUCCCAGAGGAUCAAAGAUGCUUCAAGAGUGAAUAUAUUCUUGAUGAUUUCACCGUACAUAAAUUUAAUAUCAUAGCCAAUGUUUUGUUGGGAUGUCAAGAUUACUUUAAGGAAAAUUUUCUGUCGUAUAGUUCCCCUAAUACGUGGCUUUCGUCGAUUGCGAUCUCGCAAACCUUCAUUUCCAAUUCAGAUUCGCUUCCAAGACUUCGUCAAAUAGUGCAAUGGUGUAUGUCUGACUUGUUUAUUCCAAGUCUGCAGACACUUUUAUCAACCACCCUUAAUCAUUUCAAGAGUCUUGUGGCAUCGGAUAGUUUGUCAAAUGAUGCAAAAAGAGAUGAUGGUGAUGUUGAAAAUGCUUCACCUUCUACUCGAGAGUUGGUAUUCGGUGAUGGUAAUUUCUCGAGAGAUGAUUUGGAUAACACGAGAGCACAAAUUAAAAAAUAUAUAUUUAUGGGGAGCAAAAUAAAUUUAUUGACCUUGAUAAACACACGAAAAACGCAAAUUGAAAUCGAUGUACAACAACGUAAAAUGGAGUUAAUGAGAUUCGAAUGGAUAAAUCAAAAGUAUAUUGGUGAAAGCACGCUAAUUCACACUCAGAUUUUAGAAAACUUUACGCAUGACGUAAAUAAAUUCAUGCAAUUAGAGCUUCUCCUUCAAAAAAUAACGGCCAAUUAUCAAGAAAUCCAAUCCGAAGCCUCUAACCAAAUAUCGACGUGUUCAAGUACAUCAACGACAAUUGCUUCAAAUGAAGCGGUGCUACAGUCUUUUGAAGAUGCGAUUGCAAAUCAAAAAAAUUUAUUUGCUCAGGAACUUCAACAG